AUGAGUGGCUUCCUUGCCUCCCUGGACCCCCGGCGGGUGCAGUGGGGGGCAGCCUGGUAUGCCAUGCACUCCAGGAUCCUGCGCACCAAACCAGUGGAGUCGAUGCUGGAGGGAACUGGGGCCACCACAACCCAUGGCACCAAGCUAGCCAAGGUGCUCACCACCAUGGACCUCAUCUCACUUGGCGUUGGCAGCUGCGUGGGCACAGGGAUGUACGUGGUGUCUGGUCUGGUGGCCAAGGAAAUGGCAGGACCUGGUGUCAUUGUGUCCUUCAUCAUUGCAGCUGUUGCAUCCAUAUUAUCAGGUGUCUGCUAUGCAGAGUUCGGAGUCCGUGUUCCCAAGACAACAGGGUCGGCCUACACCUACAGCUACGUCACUGUCGGCGAAUUUGUGGCAUUUUUCAUUGGCUGGAACCUGAUCCUGGAGUACCUGAUUGGCACUGCAGCCGGCGCCAGUGCUCUGAGCAGCAUGUUCGACUCCUUGGCAAACCACACCAUCAGCCGCUGGAUGGUGGACACUGUGGGAACCCUCAAUGGCCUAGGGAAAGGUGAAAAAUCAUACCCUGACCUUCUGGCUCUAGUAAUUGCUGUGAUUGUCACCAUCAUUGUUGCGCUGGGGGUGAAGAAUUCCGUGGGCUUCAACAACGUCCUCAACGUGUUGAAUCUGGCAGUAUGGGCAUUCAUCAUGAUUGCAGGCCUCUUCUUCAUCAAUGGGAAAUACUGGGCUGAGGGCCAGUUUUUGCCCCACGGCUGGUCAGGGGUGCUGCAAGGAGCAGCCACGUGUUUCUACGCUUUCAUCGGCUUUGACAUCAUUGCCACCACUGGAGAGGAAGCCAAGAAUCCCAACACGUCCAUCCCUUAUGCCAUCACCGCCUCUUUGGUCAUCUGCCUGACAGCAUACGUAUCUGUGAGCAUAAUCUUAACUCUGAUGGUGCCAUUCUAUGCCAUCGACACGGAAUCCCCACUCAUGGAGAUGUUUGUGGCUCAUGGGUUCUAUGCUGCAAAAUUCGUAGUAGCCAUUGGGUCAGUUGCAGGACUGACAGUCAGUUUGCUGGGCUCUCUCUUCCCAAUGCCAAGGGUCAUUUAUGCCAUGGCUGGUGAUGGGCUCCUUUUCAGGUUCCUGGCUCAUGUGAGCACCUACACAGAGACACCAGUGGUGGCCUGCAUUGUAUCGGGGUUCCUAGCAGCUCUCCUCUCGUUAUUAGUCAGCCUGAAAGACCUAAUAGAGAUGAUGUCCAUCGGCACACUCCUUGCCUACACCUUGGUCUCUGUCUGCGUCUUGCUCCUUCGAUACCAACCAGAGAGUGACAUUGAUGGUUUUGUCAAGUUCUUGUCCCAGGAGCACACAAAGAAGAAGGAGGGCAUCCUGGCGGACUGUGAGAAGGAAGUUUGUUCUCCUGUGAGUGAAGGGGAAGAGUUUUCCGGCCCAGCCACCAACACAUGCGGGGCCAAGAACCUACCAUCCCUGGGAGACAACGAGAUGCUCAUAGGCAAGUCGGACAAGUCAACCUACAAUGUGAACCACCCCAACUACGGCACUGUGGAUAUGACCACAGGCAUCGAAGCCGACGAAUCUGAAAACAUUUAUCUCAUCAAGUUAAAGAAGCUGAUCGGGCCCCGCUACUACACCAUGAGGAUCCGGCUGGGCCUUCCAGGCAAAAUGGACCGGCCCACAGCAGCUACAGGGCACACGGUGACCAUCUGCGUGCUCCUGCUCUUCAUCCUCAUGUUCAUCUUCUGCUCCUUCCUCAUCUUUGGUUCCGACCACAUCUCAGAGCGGAGCUGGUGGGCCAUCCUGUUGGUCGUUCUGAUGGUGCUGCUGAUCGGCGCCCUGGUGUUCGUGAUCCUGCAGCAACCAGAGAACCCCAAAAAGCUACCCUACAUGGCUCCCUGCCUCCCCUUCGUGCCUGCCUUUGCCAUGCUGGUGAACAUUUAUCUCAUGCUAAAGCUCUCCACCAUCACAUGGAUCCGGUUUGCAGUCUGGUGCUUUGUGGGUAUGCUCAUUUAUUUUGGGUAUGGCAUCUGGAACAGCACCCUGGAAAUCAGUGCUCGAGAAGAAGCCUUGCACCAAAGCACGUACCAGCGCUACGACGUGGAUGACCCUUUCUCGGUGGAGGAGGGUUUCUCCUACGCCACCGAAGGCGAAAGCCAGGAGAACUGGGGCGGGCCCGCCGAGGACAAAGGCUUCUAUUACCAACAGAUGUCAGAUGCUAAGGCAAACACCCGGACAAGUAGCAAAGCAAAGAGCAAAAGCAAACACAAACAGAACUCAGAGGCCCUGAUUGCAAAUGAUGAGUUAGAUUACUCUCCAGAGUAG